AUGAGUGGCAAGGUGAAGGUCCCAAGCCGGCGCAUCGGCGUGUUGGUUUCAGCAGCUUUUCUUGCUUUGGUGGUCAUAGUGUAUGUUCGACGCGAUGAGGAGAAGAGUGAUGUGGAACUUGAUGAAGCCCGAGCACUCCAACUAGCGCAAUCCUAUUUCGAUGAGCCUACACCAAACCCUGCACAGCUGAAGGUGGCCAAAGCAAGACAUGCUCUUUCGCAGGUUCGCUCCGAGGAGCUAGCUGCAUCCUCCUUUAAGAAUGAAGCUCAUGGGAAGCGGACGAUGAUCUUGCCACGCCAUGGUCUCGCGAUUUCAGCACCAAAACAUGCAAUGAUGUUGUCAUCGUCUGACGCACACUUUGGGAACGAUGAUCGAGACAAUAGAAAGCCGAGCAAGAAUAUAGCAGCAGACAAAGCUGUUUCGAUGGAAGCAUCAAAAUUGGUUAAUCGUGCCUUUGACUCUGCGGCGAUUGAUCUCUCCAGCUUGAAGGCUAGUGAGAUAGAUGUCAAAUCUGCCGCGCUUGCUAGACUUCAGGCAAAGCAUGAAAAUGGUUCAAAAAAUUCUGAUGUGAAGGAAGGCAUCCCACCCUCGAAAUCAUCAAAUGGUAUUCGUGGUGAUUCCAAAGCUAAGGGAAAGAGAGAUGACAGCCUGAAGGAGCUGCUGUCCCUGAUGCAACCUCCCUCUCAUGCCACAGUAAGCAAGGAUGUGACCAUGAAGUCGGAAGUGCCUGCUGUUUCGCAGCGUCCUUCACAUGCUGUGGUGAGGGAGGAGAAUUUAGCCGAGCCAAGGAAGGAAAGAGCAGUGCCAAUGGCGAAGAAAGGAGGAAGCUUGAAGCAGCUCGUCUCUGACUCGAAGCCUCCUCACCCAGAGAAGGAGGACAGCUUGAAAGAGCUGUUGUCGCUGAUACUUCCUUCUCAUCAUGCCAGGGUCGGCGGUGAGAAGCAGGAGGUCAAGAAGACGAAGACUCAGAAGUCUACGAAAGAGGAAAGCGUGAAGCAGCUGCUGUCUUCACAAACUGUGGAAAAGAGUGACGAUGAGCAAGUUUCACGAGCCAAGGUUCAUGGCAAAAACGAGAAGCUUUCGUCUCCAUCAGAUGUUUCCGCCAUGUUCAAGCAAGCUUUGCACAGAAAAUCGCUGAUAGACUUCGACGCGUUCAAAGACAAACGGGAGGGAGUUGACGGUGAUCAAGUCAGGAAGAUUCAAGUCAAAAGUCUUCGUUCUGUGCUUGCGGGGGCUCAGGCUUCUCCCGCAGCUUCGGAGGAGGGAGUGCUGGGCCGAGAGGAUGAAGGGAUGUUCGACGAGGCUUUCAGCGAUGCCUUUGUGCCUGUCGGUGAAGCUCAAGACAAGACGCUGUGGGACAAUUGA